ACAAAGUCAUUGGCUUAUAUUGCUUGUUUGAGGACAAGCAUUUAUUAAGCGAUUCACUCUUUUGUGAGCUGGACCAAUUUUCCAAGGUGAAAUGGCGACAGCACAGUUCUUGUAUAUCUUUGUGAGUUUGCAGAUAAUCAGCCAAUGUUUCAACUGUCCGGAGGAAUGUCAUUGCCAGGCUACUGUUGCUAAAUGUGGAAUUGGAGGUGGAAAGAUAGUUAUAAAAGUACCUGCGCCUUUGCCAACAAAUUUAUCUGUGCUGCACCUGGUAGACACGAAGAUAAUCAAACUAGAAGAGAACAGCUUUGCAGGUCAAAUAUUUUUGAAACAACUUGUGCUGAAUGGCAGUCUCCUGACUAGUGUUUCUGAAGGAGUUUUCAAUAAUCUUAACAAUCUUAGUUCACUUAUGGUGGCAAAUAGUUUACUGGAAGUACUGCCUGUUGGAAUUUUUCACACACUGGUUAAUCUUCAGCAACUUUACUUAAAUAUGAACAGGCUAACCAAAAUAGAUCCAGGUCUAUUUGAUUAUCUUACAAAACUUAAAGAACUUUACUUACAUCGAAAUAAACUACAAACCCUUCCAAAUAGCAUUUUUGACCAUCUUGAAUGUCUUACUAAACUGCAUUUAGGGGGAAACGUACUCUGUGUUCUUCCAGCAAACAUAUUUGACAAGCUAAGAAAUCUUCAAAUUCUUAGACUGUAUGAAAAUAGACUUACUGAUAUUCCUUCAGGCCUCUUUGAUAAAUUGUUAAAUCUUACUGAGCUUAAGCUUGAUGUUAAUAGUAUUGAAAAUCUUUCUAGUGAUGCCUUUUCUCAAUUGCAGAACCUGGAGAAAUUAUUCAUAUCCCGAAAUAGAUUAGUUGAACUGCCACCAAGAAUUUUUCAUAACUUGCCCAACCUUAAUAUAUUGUCAAUGUUUUCUAAUGAACUAGUGCAACUUUCAGAUAGCACAUUUGGUAAAAUGAAGAAACUGGAGCAAUUAUAUUUGUAUGAUAAUCAGCUUGUCACUCUUCCAGAUCAUGUCUUCAGUAAUUUGACUAAUUUAAAAUUGUUGGCCUUGCAUCAAAACAACAUUGCCAUCCUCUCAAAGAAUAAAUUUAGUGGCCUUAAUGAUCUUCAAAAGCUUUAUCUUCAUGAAAACCAGCUUUCUGUUUUAAGCGAGGAUAUAUUUAGUAACCUGAGGAAACUGUGGUACCUCUCACUGUUUUCCAACCAACUUUAUGUUCUUCCUGGAAAUGUUUUUAAGAACUUGAAUAGCCUGAUCAUCAUUCAAUUACACAAGAACAGAUUGCAAAAUGUCCCACAAGGACUAUUUGAUUUCUUACCAAGUAUAAAGGAAGUUCAUUUGUACAAUAAUAGUUGGAACUGUGACUGUUGGAUUUCUUAUUUAAAAAAUUGGAUUCUGGAAAACAAGGAGAAAGUAAUUAAGCUCAAUGAAAUAAUUUGUGAAACUCCAAUUGAUUUUUAUGGCCAGCCUAUUCAAACAUUACAUGAUAACCAACUGAGCUGCAAUUUUUCUGUGCAUUCCAUCCUUUCAACAAGUCCAGCCACCAAGAGAUCACAGCCCUCAACUAAUUCCACCUCACCUACAAAUAUUACCUCAAAAAUGGACACUUACGUUCAGGCAACCAAGUGCUCAACAGAACAGCAUUGUUCUGAGUAUACUGCACCAUCAGAAACAUUGCAAACAUGGAAUGUGAAUUAUGCAUCCAUUCAGACAGUCACAGAUUCUAUCCCCCAAACCAGAGAAGACACCUCUACAGAGCCCAUGAGCUUUAUAACAGUGGAUGAUCCUUCUUCCGCCUCUGUAACCAAAGGCAACUCAACACCUGGAACAAUGCUUCAUAAUGAGACAAUGAAGAAUAUUAAGGACCUGGGACAUGCAAAAAUUCCGUGCAAAAUCAUUCUGUUUUUGCAUAUCAUUCUGGGUGCUAUACAGUUAUGUCUUACAAUUAUUGUUUUGUAUAUUCUGUUUGUUGUUAGAAAAAUCUUGCACCAUCAGAUGAAUACAUUCAUUGUACCUGUUGUUCUUUUGAAACUUACUGAACAUGCCCAAGAUGAGAUUGAAUAGAUUUUCCUGGGUAUGAAUGAGGCAUAAUUUACCAGAUGUUUGGAUGAAGAAUUCAUAUAACAGGCCUCAGCCAUAAUGCAACUAUCAUGGCAGGUGAUGGACACACAAAAUUCAUUCCCUUAAAAGCCACUUAUGACUUCAUUUAAAGGACAAUAUAAUUUCAUGUUUUAGAUGUGGGAAAUACAUUUUUUUAAAAUUUUGUUGACAUAAAAUAUGGGUGUGUACAGUUGCCAAAUCUGGUGGUGUAAGUUUAAAUAUUUUAAACUGGCAGAUGUCAAUUGAGUCAUUAAUGCUUUUGUAAUUGGCAUUUAAAGCAUUUUGCUGGAGGCUUUUCUGACAGCAUUUUUUUGCCCACUUGAAAUGACAAAAGGUUUUGUGCCGUUGGUUUUGGAACUGCUAUUUUUUACCCAUAAGUUGGGAAACCUGUAUAUAUGAAAAAAAAGAACACAAGCAAUGGAGGAAUGCUAUACAGGCACAAUGCAGCAGAGGAAUCAUAGAAUAGUCACAAAACAGGAGGAGGCCAUUUGACCCAUUGUGCCAUGCUCAAUCUCUGCCAGAGCAAUUUAGCUAGUAACGUUCCUUUUCUGGCAGCAUUUUGACAGCCACGAUUGAAUCUGUAACUUUUUGCAAUAAACAACUUAUCCCCAUGUGA